CCAGCGCGGGGCCGGUGGGGAGGCGGGGCCGCGCCUCGCGCCGUCUUUGUGCUCGCCGGCAGCUCCGGCAGCGCCGCCGCCUCCGCCUCCCGCCGCCUCCCUCAGCCCCGCGCGGCGGGCGGCUCCGCGCAGCCCCGCACCGCUCCGCGCAGCCCCGCACCGCUCCGCAGCGCUGCGCGCCGGCCCGCCCGCGCCGCCCCGCGCUAUGUGUGCCGGCGCUCCCGUGCCUCCUCGCGGCCGCUUCCCAGCCGGCGGGGCGCUCCCGGCCCCGCUCUGAGAGCGCGGCGGGGCAGGGAGCGAGCGGAGCGCAGCGCAGCCCGGACGUGCCGCCCGGGAGCGAAGGGAGCGCGGCGCCAUGCGGGGCCCGGGGCUGGGGCUGAGGCUGGGGCUGCUGCUGGGCGCGGCGUGGCUGGCGUGCGGGCAGAACGAGACGGAGCCCAUCGUGCUGGAGGGGAAGUGCCUGGUGGUGUGCGACUCCAACCCCACCUCCGACCCCACCGGCACGGCGCUCGGCAUCUCCGUGCGCUCCGGCAGCGCCAAGGUCGCCUUCUCCGCCAUCCGCAGCACCAACCACGAGCCCUCCGAGAUGAGCAACCGCACCAUGAUCAUCUACUUCGACCAGGUACUAGUGAAUAUCGGCAGCAACUUCGACUCGGAGCGGAGCACUUUUAUCGCGCCCAGGAAAGGGAUUUACAGUUUUAAUUUUCACGUGGUGAAAGUGUACAACAGGCAAACCAUCCAGGUGAGUUUGAUGCUAAAUGGGUGGCCAGUGAUUUCUGCCUUUGCAGGGGACCAAGAUGUGACCCGAGAAGCUGCUAGCAAUGGAGUCCUCAUUCAGAUGGAGAAAGGAGACAGAGCUUAUCUAAAACUGGAGAGAGGAAACUUGAUGGGAGGCUGGAAGUAUUCAACAUUCUCUGGAUUUCUAGUGUUCCCGCUUUAAAUCACUUCUCAUCCAAGAAAAUGGAGAGGCGGCAGUCAGAAUCUCUUACGAAUUCCCAAGUUGUAGCCGGGUUUAAGGAGUCGUGGACAGCAGACUUUUUACAUUCAAAUAUUAAAGAAGCUAAAUCCUGCUUAGGUUUGUGUACAUCUGCUUUGAAGAAUUACUACUUAUUUUUGUUGUGUUGCAGCCAACAGGCGGGAGACGCUAUAAUUGAUCAACCCCCCAUUUAUAUUCUUCUCUCUCUCCUCCCACAAAAUUAGUUCCCAUCUCUGUGUCACUGGUGUAAUCUGCCACCAUUCCCCCAUGGUUUCUGCCUCACACAAGUAGACUUUAGAUAUUUUCAUUGUCCUUUACAGCAUAUUUUGUAGUUUUGUUUUUAAGACAUGUUAAUCUUGACUCUUUCUCUGAGUUUAACUUUUAAGGAAAAAAAACAAAAAAAAAAAAAACAAACAAAAAAGGCAAAGUAUUUUUGAAUACAUGGAUGCCAUGAUGGAAGGGAAAAUGCAAUUCUUGCUGUGUACUGGCUGGCAAAAGGAAAACUUUAUACACGAAGAACUAUUCACAGCCCAGGCUGACUAGAGUAUUUCAAUAUUUCUAUGUAAUUCUGAGUGAUUGUGAAAUUUAAGGCUGCUAAAUGUUUUGAUGCUUGUUUUUGCUCUCGUACAAUGUGGCCCGACUAAACGCCAGGAAGUAUAUUGAACUUUUACUAUUACUCUGUAAUAUAUGUGUGAAUAUCGAAAAUUAAUUUUUGCUUUAAUUCAAUAAAGUUUCAAUGGGACUUUUA